GUGAGUUUGCUCUGCUUUGUCGAUUAAUUGUAACGAAAUCGUGUACACACUCGUGGGGUGUUUUUGUUCCGCGUCUUGAGCUGGGGAGUGUCACUCGAUCGGCCCAGUUUACUGUUCGUGACGGCAGGUGAAUUUAGGUUCGCGUUUGUUGGGAGUGUGCUGCUGCAGUUCCAGCAAUGCCGUUGCAGCUCGUGAUGAACGUGCCUAGAUGUUGUGCGUGAUUAAACAGUGUCAAAGUGCUGCACGAGCAAAGUGAUUGUGUUGAAGUGUAUCUCACAUGUGGAAACAAGUUUUCCAAGCAUUAUCCUUUCUUUCGAGAUAGAAACACUCAGUGCCGUGGGGGAUUUACUGCUAGCUUACCGUAGUGUGCCGUACAUUACACCAUCUCCUGUUUGAAGAUAUUUCUCCUAAAAGUUUACUUUUUAACAAUCAAGCAAACGAACGAAAGAAGCAACAACAAAAAAAAAAGAAAUCUCCACAAUGGAACCGCCCGCGAACGUACGGUGCAUUUCGUUUGCUUCCGCUUGAAAGCGAACGGAAGUGAAACCCGUAAGCGCACACCUACGCGCGAAAAUCCUUUGCAUCCUUGUCGUGGUGUCGUGUGUCAGCCUCGUCUACCGGCUUCCUCCGCAGCUGGAGCAAACAGGGAGCUACAUCUGUACGAAAAGUCUGCUCAAACGUUUCAUAGAACCUGCAAACAAAUUAAACUACCAACCCGACCGCCCGGAACGUUAGGCAGUGCGCAUCGAAGCGUAAUGAAAUGUCAAUUGACCCACAACAAAAACUGAAAGUUGAGACACGUUACUUUAAAAAAAAACACUUACACACGCACGCUUCACUUUAAAAUAGACAAGGUUAACGAAACCGGCUACCUGUCUCUGCAGUUAAAGCAAACGAACACAAACCCCAAACGCACAGUUUGCGCGAUAAUGAAGCCUUACAACAAUCGAGUAUAAUAUCGCGAACGGAUUUGCUGCUGUGUGUUUUCCGUGUUGUGGUUGGUGUGGGGGUUUCUCAUUUUUUUUUUUCGUGUUUCAUUAUGUCGCUUUAAAUUGGCCCACCUGACGGGACCGGGGAAGGGGGGCGGGACCGGCGGGAUCAUACUAACAAGCCGCGCGCUGCCCAGAAUAAAGAACCGCGCCAAAGGACGGAGCAGCGAAUCGCAACCGACGACCGACGGAACACGGACCCGAGACCCAGAAGCGGCAGGAAAACCGCUAGCCGUCGCCAACCGAGAAGUCAAUCAAUUUGGAUGCACACAGCCACACGCACACAGCGACACAAACAAACAAACCGAGACACUCGGCCGAAUGCGGAAAGACGCAGCUCAACGACAUCGCAUCGACUGGCCUGAAGAAGCCAAACCAACCCCCGCUCCCGCGACAAUCUCCCGGCACGGCAUCGGCACGGAACACACAGCGUGUGCAGACGACGGACGGAGGUCGGAGACGACUUGUUGGUACAGGUGCACCCCGCACUGCUGCUCGGCCGGCCGGCACAUCCCCACAUCGGGCGGCCUGCCCUCCAAGUCCCCUCCCCCGGCACCCGGCUCUUCACCGUGCAAGAAGCAGCAAGAAACAAAAAAAACAGCAUCAAGAAUAAUUCCGAUCGGCAGCCGAACGCACGAACGAAACCAACCCCCAACUUUCCCACAACAGCCACCCCGUUGUGUACGGAGCAGCAACACCCCAGCGCGGGGUGGCGGUGCAACUAACCGCGCGGCCACGAACCGGCCACCGAACCGGUUCGGGAGCGCUUCGGCUUUCGUGCGUACACGACGGCACCGUGGCCCCGAACAAAACUUGCCUGCACUCGCCCGAAGCCGACCAGUCGGAAAGUUGCCUGCACGCGGUUCACAGACCCAGUUCGCCUGGCGCUCGCACACGCAAACGCCAGCUAUUGGGGCGUACCAGCGAGAUAGGGUGUCGCGUACUCGAGAACACAGACACAGCCGAGGAAAACAAGAGCAGCCAAAAGGGCGGCCAACACACAGCACAAAACAAUCGCACGGAUAGUCGCCGUUUUUUGUGUGUGUUUAUGUGUGACCGUUUAGGUGUGUGUGUGCGCGUGUGUGACCGUACAAAGAGACCACAGAAAAGAAGCGUCCAUGUGCAGUGCGGUGACGAAUUUUUCGUGGUAGUGCAAAAAAAAGGGUAGCUCGGGAAAAAAAAACAGUGAUCGAAUCACGCCGGGAGCGAUCAUUGCAAGUGUUUGAAGUGAGCCGCAGAAAGGCAAAGAAGAGCAGCAGAACGUCUCAUAACGAUAAUUUAUGAGCCACAGUGGCGAGAUCGUGCAGAUACACAUCUCCUGCCCCCCCUUUUCUUUCGUGGCCGGACGUGUGAGUUGCGUGCGAGUGAAUUUAUACGUGUGCCGUUUGACAAGCGCAGCAAGAGAAAAACCUCGACCGGUGGUUUGGGGAAAACAUAUUUUAAAUCCACGAAUAUAAAUAAGUGAAUGUGUGUGUGUGUGUGUUUGUGUGCAUUUUUUCUGCUAUCCCGUCUUCUGACAUACUGACGCAAAGGUGUAAAACGGGAGCAAGUGUGGCAGAAGAGCGCAUUUAAGAGUUAGACCAACGGCGACGACGAACCAGUGCGUGGACACAGCAGCCGCCGUUGUUGUUCCUGCUCGUUGUCGCGCGUGGGAAAGGGCUUCGAACGGGUGGUCAAAGUGGUGCGAUACUUGCGGGUACCUAUACACACACCUUUGUGAGGGAAUAAAUUAGUGGAAAGGGGAGGUGGUUCCAACCGCGACCGGCCCUCGUUUGCUACGCUGAUUUCCAAACACCCAAACCCGCGUGGAGCAAUUACAAAUAAGCCAACCCUUAUUUGCUUGGCCAAGCUUAAACCCCCCCCAACAACGUGUGUCUAUGGGUGUGUUAGUAUGCUGUGUUUAAUGUAACAGUGUGUGGUGCAGCUAAUUCUUGUCGAACGACAUUCUUUUACGUGUGCACGUGCCUGUAUGUGUGUGUGUGUGUGUUAGACCGGUCGUUUAGAAGCAAAAGUUGCAAAUUUCUUGAAGAAGUUCCCGUGCCCGUGCGAUUCGCACCGUUGAAAUAAUAAACCAUCGGGGAGGUGUGUUUGAAUGUGCCCGGUGGGGAAACCGAUGUAGCCGCGGUACCGCGACAAACAACCAUGUGGCCAACCGUGUGCCCGUUGCCAGCCUGCAGCCAUACUACUAGGGGCAGUGAAACGAACAACAACCGUGCACAAUGUUAGCCAUAGACUGUCUGGUUGGCGGUCUGCUGCUCAGCUCGAUCGGCGUGAACAUACUGGCGCUCGGUGCGUUCUGGGUGACGCCAAGUCUGCGCACCACCGCCAACCGGUUCGUGAUCAACCUGCUGAUAGUGAAUCUCGUCUGCUGCAUCAUUCUCGGGCCGUCGCUGCUGCUGAACGCGUUCACCGGCAAGGCGGCGGUACCGACGCCACUGCCGUCCGCUGAGCUGCCGGCAGCGGCGGCCACACCGGCACUGUACGAGCCGACGACAGGGGGAGAGUAUGGCAGUCCGGCGUACACGACAACGACCGUGGCACUGGCGUACCAGCAGCCCGGCUCCACGGUAGCCCAACCGAACCGGACGCGUAUCGUGCGGUGCUCCAAAAAUGGCACCAUGGGCAGUGGGGACGAUGGGCCGUCCAACUGUGAUAGGGUGGAGGAGCAGAACGAGGACGAAGAUGAGACGCCCUUCAUACGGACGAGCCGGAUACACCCGGGCCCGGGCGUGGAUGCGCUACAUCCCAACCUGACGCUCACGAAGAUACGGUGCUGGGGCCUGGACCUGGUGGUGGCCCUGGGGGCCCUCUCCGUCCUGCUCGUCGUCGGGGACACCUGGUGCGCGAUUACCGAUCCGCUGCGCUACCACUCGCGCAUUUCCGAGCUGAAGGCGUGGGCGUUCAUCAUCGCUAGCUGGGCGCUCGGCAUCGCGUUCGGCAUUGCGUCCGGGUUCCGGGGGGACCAGAAGUACGUGACGCUGUUCAAGAACCGGCUCACGGCGGAGGAGGUGGCCGCCAUCGAAUCUAGUCAGCUGGCCCGCAACCAGAGCGGGGCCGGGCCGGGCGAGGGCGGCCUGCCCGCCGGCGACCGGUUCAUCCAGCAUCUGAACAUCUCGGAGGACCUGUACAACACGAUCUUCUCGUACGCGUACUUCGUGAUCGUCAUACUGAUCCCGUUCGCGCUCGUGUGCGCCAUGUACUGGCGCAUCUUUUCCGAGGCGCGCGAAAGCGGGCAGCGGAUGCGACAGAACGGCUCCUCGCCGCUGCUGCAGAGUGCGCUGAAUCUCGUGUCCGCCCAGAAGCAGUGCCAUGCGGCCGACAGGCAGUCGAUGCUGGAGCAGCAGCAGCAGCCGGCGCAGCAGCUGCAUCAGCCGAUUCAACCGAUGCCGAGCAUUCCGGAGCGGCCGGGCGAGAGCAGGGCCGAUUGCUGCGACGGGCUGACGAUGAAGAUCGACAAGCAGAUCCACUACGAGGACGAAACGAUCACGAUCAGCAGCAUACCGCACCAUCACCAUCAGCCGCGCGACUCGUGCCUAAAGCCGCUGCUGCAGCAGUCGCCCGCCCCGACGCCAACGCACAAACCGAUCCAGCAGCAGCUCGAUGCGUCCCUCGAGCGGCCCGAUCGCAGCCCGCAGGUGGUGCAGAUCGCCACGCCAACGUCCGGCGUGGCGGCCUCGCUGCCCAGCGUGCUCAAGUCGCCGCUGCGGCCCGACCGCAACCACAACAGUAUUCCGAUGCACCAGCAGCUCCCGGCGGAGGGCAGUGCGAGCGGGCCGAUACCGACCCACUCGAGCCCGCCGCCGGCCGCAUCGGCUGGUCUGGGGAAGGUGCGGCGCAAUCACAGCGCCGGCCGGCUGGUAAGCUUCUGCCAGGAGGAGCCGGCCGAGCUGCCGGUCGCCGGCCUGCGGCAGGUCCAUUCGACGCCCAACUUCCAGAAGUACAGUGGCGGCGAGUUCGAGAGCCUCGGCACGCACCACAUCCUGUCGCUGCCGGCCGUGCACGUGCCGCCGAAGGCGCUCAGCUACAUGACCUCGAUCCGGCACCGGCUGUCGAACGCGUCCUCCCUGUUCAAGUACCGGGAGGAGUCGCGCGCCGCCCGCAUCAGCAUCCUGGUGAUCAUCAUGUUUCUGGUGUCGUACCUGCCGUACGGCAUACUGGUGCUGAUGCAGGGCCACGUCGACCUAAUCAUCGUGUCCGACCAGGCGCUGCUCGCGAUCUUUACCGUGGUGAUCGCGAACCUCAGCUCACCGUUCAUCUUCGCCUACCGGAACAAGCGCGUGCGGCGGGGCGUGAAGCGCCUGCUCGGCAUCGACAAGAAGACGAACGAGCGGCUCCAGAAGCUGACCACGAGCAACACGCACUACAACAACCAUCCGCCGGGGCAGCAUCAGCCGCAGCAGCAGCAGCCGCAGCAGCACGGCAAUUACGGUGCCAACAUUACGCUGGCCAACGCGGUCGGGCAGGAGGAGGAGCUGCCGGAGGUGAUCGCGCACAAGUCCGCGCACAAGGUGCGCAUCGCCGGCAGCCAGGGCGCCGGCGGGCUGACGCGCAGCAAUAGUUCGUGCAAGUAUCUCACGCCAAAUCACGCGGCGGCCGUGGCCGUGGCGAACGGGUACAUCGUCGAGUUCGAGCGGUACCCCUCCGACGAGCUCAAUAGUCUCUGCAUCCAGAAGAAAUCGAUACUGAAACGGGUCUGUGAUAGUUCGCGUAAGUGGGGCUGCAACUUUGCCACCAAUUCCUGCACCAGCAACGACGAGCAGACGGAGGUGUAGCUGUAAGCGGAACUGCUGAUCUAAGGGAAUGGGAGGGCGAGAGUGACAGACAGGGGGAGGGGGGCCUUUAGGGUUAGGGUUUGUUUUUGCUGCGCACGAUGCCAAAAAGCCAAAAAGCGCUGAAAGUGCAUCACUGAGAGCCUGAGAGGUGGGAGUGUUCCUUUCCAUUUCAUCCGUAUUCCAUUACAUUAUUUAUUUACUGCCUUCCAAUCACUUUGACAACUUACCUGCCCAGCAGUGACACUAUUUUACAAUACGCUCUAGCUUAUUUAUUGGUUGCAUUGGACAAAACAAACAAAAAACUGCUGACGUCUCUCUAGGCGGCACGUGCUACGACGUGUUUGCCAUCGCAACAGCCCGACGAACCCGACCAACCAUCAUGCUGAGACAUUCUUGCGCAUUUCUGAUGCACCAACAGCAACAGACAAUCCGGCAGGUACGUGGUGCUCCAACACCACGUGGUGAAACCGGUGGGCUUGGGUUUGAUUCCCACUUUUUGCCAUGCGCGGACACCCCGGUUCGGGUGUCCUUUUUCUUGUUUUAAAAUAUUCGCCCUGUUGGUUGCUGGUAGAACAACAAACACAAACGUUUUGCAAAGCGUCACUGUCAUUCGACUCAUCCACCACGCGCUGCAGAAGCGCAAGGGAGGGGCGCAAGGGGGUGCGUUUGACCGCGUGUACGUAAUGUGCACGGCUGGCACAAAACAAAAUGAUACAGUCCGUGCGAGCGUGUGUGUGUGUGUACGGAAGCCGGCCUCGGGCUGGAAACCGGCCAGUUCUCACGUUGUCAAACCACACUGGCACUGGCUGGCGUAAUGUAGGCAGGCGCCGGUGGUCGGCCAUGUGUAGUAGCUCCCAGCGCGUAGCUCACAUCACACGACACGUGGGGAUUAAAAUAGGACAUUGGGACCGUGGACACCGCGAUUAGAACGGUGCGGCUAGAAGCGUAUGCUUUUUAGUAGCCCGCACCACGUUGCGUACACGGUGCGCGGGCUUGGUGACGCAGCGCGACACCACACUAGACGUAACAGGAAAGCCGAAAAUAUUACACGUCCAGGUUAAAGAAACAAAGAUAGAGAGAGAGAGAGAGAGAGAGAGAGAGAGAGAGAGAGAGAAAUAGAGAGAAUCAAAUGGUGCCAUUUCCUCACAUCUUAAAUUGCUGACGUGCAUUUAAAUGGUGAACAGAUCGCAAGCUUAAGGGAGUUAAUACAAUACGGCAUCAGCGAAUGUUAUUAGAACGAUGACCGUUUCGAUUGUAACGCGGUGUGUUUCCUUUAUGCCAAAGCCGUUUUCGAGCCAGUCCGUGCUCAGCUUUUAGUCCUUCCGACUGGCCACACUCUGCCUCAUGCAUGAUAAACACGUUAAAGCAAAGGCUGACCUGCGAUAAAUGGUCCGACUUCAUUAGCACACAGCGAUCAGCGCACGAGAGAGCGAGGGGUGUUACGAUUUUCCCAUUGCAAGUAAUGAGUUCUUUGUCCCGCUUCUUUUUUUUCUGGAGUGGGGGCUAGUGAAUAGAGCGGCUAAUUAGUGGCCGGUAUCACUAAGUGGAAUUCGAGUUGAUUUCAUUACCCAAAGUGACCGGUUUUUGUUCGACUACCGGCACUUGUUUUAGGAGCGUUUUUCCAUCCAAAAUCGAUGAGUGGCUGUUUGUAGCUGUACGGAGGCUAAAUACGUAAAGUAGUAUCGCUACCCGAUAGAGGUUCGUUUAGAUUUUAUUGAUUGGUUAGUUGUAGUAGUGUGUACGAGCACAUCGUACCUCAUGUUUAAAAGCAUUUUUUUUUAAUGUGCCUUUCCAUAAUGGUGACUUUUAAAAAUAGCAUUUACUACACGCAGUCUCAACUGAAAUGUUGUGUCGCUUCCCCUUCAAACUCGUCCUUUACUGCCCCGUCCAUCAGGUUCGCACCAAUCACAACACUUCCGCUCCCCGCCCCACCGAAAACUGCUAAAUGGAAAACUUCGUCUUCGUCCCGUGGGUGGACACCGCAAUUCCAAUUCCGGUGCUCAAGGCGCUAUUGCUAAACGCCAGCCAGCCAGCCUGCCACCCACUCACCCGCAGUUGCGCCCCGUUCGCGCUGGAGUCGUUCAUGCGUGCCAUCUAGCAUCUUGAUUACUGGUGACAGGUAGCAACCUCCACUCCACGCCGAACGCAUGCCGCAUGAACACCCAACACACGCUGGUGCUGUCGAAGAGGAUAACCUUAUUGUCCUGUCGUUUCGGGUCGUUUCCGGCUGAUCCUCUUGGCCCUUUCCGCCCUUGGCCGGUGGGGGCAUGGGGGAGCACGUGCGAAAGGAUGUCCGCGCUGGGUGGGCUUUUCGUCGGAUGUCUAUUUUUGGUGCGGGCUGACGCGGCACGGACGGGAAUAAAAACACUCGUGUGCAGAUAAUAAUUCAUCACAGUCGAUCGAGAGUCAAGAAUCGAUUAUCGAUCGGCUUUGGGAUACGCGCACACAAACGUGCAUACCGUUGGAGAAAGGUUUUUUGUUUUUAUUGGAAAGGAUCCAUUUACGAUGGAGCAUGGUUAAUGUGCCUUUAAUAUGUUUCUAAUUUGUGUCCUCCAUCGGUUCGGAUCGCUGGUGACGCAACGCUUGACAGUGUGGUUCGCUUGUUUGCUCAACUUUGACGUCAUCGUAUGUUGCAUAUGCAAUCUUCAAAAUGACUCUCUAAACAAUACAUGACGCAACCAAUAUGACCAAUGACUCCGGAAUGAUGAUAACUUCCCACCGAAAGACGCUUCCCGUACACCCAUCAUCCUUUAUCCUACCCGCCCUCUCCCAGCUCUCAGUGACAGAGUGGUUAGGUAUUGAUUGGUUUUAACGUAACAAAGAAUGCUUCAGUUUUCAUGCUGCAAGUCAUCGCUGCAGAGUUCGGUUAAGAAGGGUCGGUUAAGAAGUGCAAAACAAACCAAACCAUAAGCUCUAAAUUAUUACUAUUUAGCAGUGGGCAGAUGGCAUAUAGCAUAAGCAAAAGGCCGAAUGUACAUGUAAACGUGACGGGAAAUUUAGUCGAAGCUAACAAAACACAAACAAAUCCCUUUAGUUAAUAAGUAUGUGUAUAUGAAUGUACAUGUGUUUCUGUGCGUGUGUGUGUGUCUGUGUCUGCGUUUGUAUGAUAGAAGGAGGAUCGGAGGACCGAUACCUGAAGGGUUUCCGUUUUCUACACCGUAUCCCUAGUUUUACUUCAAACUGACUGGUAAUAAUGCUUUAAACCCAUGCAACCUACACGACAUGAACACUAGAAGAAGAAGAAGAAGAGGAGAAAAAAACAAUCGUUUAGAAAUUAUUCUUUAGCCUAAGAGAGCGGUUAGACAAACGCUCAACUCACUGCGGUAGAAAACAAACAAGCGAGCUAAUGGUAAGCAUUAAGCGAUGGAAGGGCAAAGCAGCAAGCAUCCCUUAGCAGCAGAAUCUAGGAGCAAAAUCAAUUAAUCGUACUGGUGCUUUGUGCGGUCACAAGAAAGAAUUAAAAAAACAUAGGACAAAAGCUAAAGCCACAAGAGCCACGCGCCUUUCGAACACGCCCAUAUAACAAAGUUACCAAAUAAUGAUGGCUCUUCCAUGAUGCUCCACCUCCAGCGUUGGCUGGAGUGUGACUAUUGCUGCCGUUUUUGUUUCCGAUGUGCGUGUGUAUAUGUGUGAAAGAUCGAGCAAAAAAAAAAAGGUGCGUAAUAUGAUAACAGGGUAACACAAGGUCGGGUGAAAAGCGAAAAGGAUCUUUUAAAACUACGAUGGAAGAGAAUUAUUUUUGCUACAAAACAUUCUAUUUCUAAACUAACUAAAACAAAACAAAACAAAAAAAAAUGCUGCAAAUAUUUUAAAUGAACCGCCAGUUAACUCUCUACCUAAUAGGAGUGCUUAUAGGGCAUACACACACACACGCUCACAGAUAUGAGUCACGAAACAAAAAAUCAAACAAACAAAGUAAGCAGCCUUGUGCUCACACAAAGCGUGUCCCUUACAUUGUAACCUACUCGACAGCACGAGUACUCCAAAAACGCUGAGCUUGCUAUAGCUUCCCGCGGUCGCGAGGACGGUGUUAUUCUAACAAUUAGUCAAAAAAUCGAGGGCAUUCAAAUAGAGUUCCACCUUAAAACGCUCGCCUGGAGAAGAGUUAGUCACGCAGCUACACAGCACACCUAAAACCCCCCCUGCCGCUGAAGAUGGAGAGCAGCAACCGCGCAUAGUUAGAGCUAUUUAGAGGCGGAAGGAGCGGCGAAACACCUUCAAUCAAAGGGAAACGAUGUUUGAAGUGUGUGCUUUAACAUGACGAGGGCUUACCACACGGGGGCAGUCAGGUGUGUGUGUGUGUGUGUGUGUGUUUGGGCUUUAAAAGAAAUGGUGAGUGUGAAACCACUCGCCCGUGCCAUUGGAUAUUGGAAGUAUUGAUAUUAGAAUGACACCAAACACACACGUACACUCUUUCGCUCUAUCCCUGUUAUCGCUGGUAGCACUGCUAGGGUAAAACUAUAAAACACGAAAAAAAAAGAACAGCAAUUGACCAAAUUAAAUGAAUCGCUUCACUUCACGCUCCCAAUGCCAGUGCACCAUUGCAACCAACGCGCUUGAAAUCAGUUCACAAAACAAAGAAACCCAUAACCAGUUGAUAUCGGUUUGUUUUUAUCCACCCAUCCAACUCUACUCCAUCCUACUUUCGCGUGCCAUUGACCCUUUGGGGGGGUAUCCCCGUGGUGCGGUGGUUAACCGAACCAACCACCGACAUGCCAAUCGAUCCCCAGAACCGGUGGCUGUGAAGAAGCCUGCUGCAUGCGCGCCCAAACCGAGCAGGACGCAAUGUGCACAUGCAUUGCAACACCGGUGCAGCUUCUGCACCGCAUGCCGGCCAUUGUUGCUGCUGAACAGGUUUUUUCCCUGUGAUCGCGCUGAUUCUACGUACGUGUGUGUGUGUGUGUGUGUGUGUGUGUGUGUGUGUGUGUGUGUGACUUUUGCCAAUAUGCAACUAGAACGAAGGGCACACAGCACACAUGUACCGUACCAGCAGUACAAGCGGGCCACGGUGAACAUCAAGAGCGCGGCCAUCGCGAGUACUUGUGUGCAUGUUUUGCCACCUAUCGUACCCCCCUUGCCGCGUACCUCCCACUGAAGGUCGUCCGUGAGGGUGUGCAACCAGGGCUUUUGGAGGUGGGGCACUAGAAAAGGGAAAGUAAAUCGUUGCAAACUAGUACGAGCUGCUACUAACACCAGCGCUGGAGCAUAACUGAAGAGCAAAACACACAGCUGCAUGCACUUAACUCUAUUGCGCAUGGUGCGGCCGAAGGUGCUGACAGGAAUCUCAACUGACAACAGCACCUGCACGAAGCAACCGCUUGAUACAGCGCUCACAAUACGCACGCGGUGUUCUUGCUGUGACGCACAAACGGGCAGGGAGCUCCAAUGUAGGAAGCGAUUUGAUCGAGCCACUGCGGGUUCCACCUUAGUCCUUAUUCAGGGUUCUCACUUACACGCACACACACACACACAUACAACACACAUAACAAAGACGAAACAUUAGCCAAUUCGGGUCGUGUGAGGGACGAAUUGAUAGGUAUCUCACAAGAAGAGUGGAGAGUUUUAUUUAUUUAAGUAGCUCUAGUAACCCUCCCCACAAGAAUGCACUAAGAUAGACAAAUUAUGGGUGUGUGUGUGUGUGUGUGUGUGUGUGUGUGUGUGUGUGUGUGUGUGUGAGAAAUAGAGCGAGACAGAAAGAGGAAGAGGGGGUUCAAAAACCAUGGCCACACGCACCACGGCACCAGCGGCGUAUACCAUUGCAGUGGGUUAAGGUUUGGCUACAUACACACACACACACACUCUUAUUACCUUAACAAAGCAAAACUGUUUUACGUGUUUAAGCAAACAAGAUAAGUGUUUAGUGAAGCGAUAAUGCGCGAUCGUUACUGUAAGUGUAUAAAGCUCUAUUAGGUGUACUGCGCAGACGAAGGUGCAGAAGGUGAAGGACGUGCUGUAGAAGAAAACAGUCAGGGGAAGCAGACAGGAUAGGAGCAAAAAGAGACAGAGACUAAACAAAACAAAAAAACAAAAGAAUGCGAUACUAAAAUCAAAGAAUCGAAAUGUUGAGUAGUUUUAUGCUCG